AUGGCUGAGAGAAAGUUUAGGUUAGGUCGCCAAAAGAUUCCAAUGGAGAAAAUAUCAAAAAAGAGUAAUCUAAAAGUUACAUUCUCCAAGCGCCGUGGAGGACUUUUCAAAAAGGCUAGUGAGCUUUGCACACUUUGUGGAGUGGAAAUUGCAAUCAUUGUUUUCUCUCCAUCUGAUAAGGCCUUCUCUUUUGGCCACCCAGAAGUUGAAUCCUUAAUUGAUUCUUAUCUAACUCGAAACACUCCAUUAGACCCUAGUACUACUAGUAACCAACUUGUUAAUGUUGGUCGUAAUGCUAACGUUUUUAAUCUGAACAUGCAACUUACUCAGAUUCUUAAUCAGAUGGAGAUUGAGAAAAAGCUUGGAGAAGAGCUAGAUCGAGCGCGGAAAGCUAGGCAAACACAAUUCUGGUGGGAAACUCCCAUUGAUGAGCUUGGACAGCAUGAGUUACAACAUUUAAUGUUUUCAAUGGAGAAGCUAAAGAAGAUUGUUACAACACAUGCUAACAGAGUGUUCAUGGAGCAGGCUAGUUUUCCUUUACCAAUUACUGGGCCUGGCCCAAAUGGAUUUGGGCUUUAUGCUGUCUCCGAGAACAACCCUGCUCGCAUUAAUGCUAAUCCCUCUAUUCUGAGUUUUCCAUAUUGA